CAAGUUCACGUGCUGGUGAAGGUCCCGGAGCAAGAACACGCACAAACUGGAUUGUGGCUUGUCACUGGAUCCGUUGAAAACGCGUUGAUCACGAAAGGAAUUCGCUGCAAACUGUACUGGAUGGCGACGUUACGCAUUGGAUACUACGAUCCUACGCGCUGCAUCGGCAACAAGAAUGUCGCGUUUUGGUAUGAAGACAAGAAAUUGUGUUUUCAUGUUUUAUUCGAGACAAAAGAUGCUGCUUUGCUGUUCGAAACUGACUUGAGGACUGGGCCACAAACGCUGGGCUCUCCGUUAACUAACCAGGUUGUUGAGACGCGUGUUGCACCAGCUAACGCUGUGUCUACUGAUCUCCAGCGCGUCUUCUACUGCGACUACGUUCCAGACGAUUCGGAAUCUCCUCAAAACGAUAUCUUUCGUUUUCAGCGGAUUGAGCACGAGAAGUUCUUCCUACCGUACGGCAAGGCAGAAAGCUGCCAUUUGGUGUCGAGAAAGCAAAGCAGAGACCACAAACGGGAAUUCGCCAAGUACGAUCGCGACUCAAACAACAGGCUUGCGCUUUCUCGCGAUAUGCAUGGUUGGUUCGACGGUAUGAGCAUUGAGGUUCCCAUCGUUAACAUGCUACCCGGAUCUGUUGAAGAGAAUCAAUCCAUUGGCAACAGACGCAAGGUAGAGGUCUUCGUGAAGGUUCUGGAUGCUCGGUGCACAGAUCGCGUUUUCAGUCGUUUGAAAGGAGGAUCAACCACGACGGACGAUCCGCUCAUGAUGAAGACGUUUGUUCACGUGGAGGAUCCAGAAACAUUUUGUUUGUGCAUGAGGUGGAAGCACGACGACAAUGCGGAGCGUUGGAGAAGCUUUUGGGAUAUGACUCCUGCGGUCGAUUGAAUGGAAUAAUGUGGCUCCCGAGUUAAAUACUUCGAAGUAGUAUUUGAUUUCUUGACAUACCGUAAUCUAGGUGUCAA